CUGGCAGAGUGCCUGCAUCUGAUACUGCAACUCCUCCAGCACAGUGCACCACCGUUAUUGUGAUUCUUGUGCGCAUGGUCCAACGUUCGACAUCAGAGGAGAGUAUAUCUAGCAGCGACCUUACUUCAACUAGCUCGGACGACUCUUCAAGCAGUGAAAAUGGAGAGACUACGGCCGAGUCGGAUGGACGCAGAAGCACAGAUCCAGGCGUCACGGAGUCGUCACGAAGCGCAAACGAUAGGAAGUCUACUGAAUCCCGCAAACGUUCCAAAACCAGGCCAAAAGGUCGACUAAAUGCCGCAUACGAAGACUUGGUGGGCAAGGCACACGAUGACAUGAUACUUACCGGUGAAAGGGAAGGGGCUCAAACAACCCGUAGCAGCACCAUCUGGACACCGCGCGAGAAAGAAGUGUUUUUCCGCGCCGUGGAACGGCAUGGCCAAGACGAUCUUCGGAUUCUCGCCGAAGCCGUGUCAACGAAAAGUCCGCUCGAAGUGAGGGCUUACCUCCUCUUAUGCCAGGAUGCAUCCCACGAUGGAGGUUCUCUUCAACCGUCAGGAUCUAAUAGCCCCUCCGUGGCCCUAGAGAUCGGGCAGGAGUGUGAAGAAGCCCUUGAUCUUGCUGCCGAUGACCUUGCACGCCACGAACAAUGUCGGGAAAUCGAAGCCGAAAAGGCCAGAUUCGGUGCUUCAUGGUUGAUAGACGAGGAUGCCGCGGCGACAAAUGAGAUUGACCAUCUAGAGACAGUCACAAAAGACGAAGAUCAACUUGAGGGCUCCGUGAACGAAUCCGAAAGCAUAUCAACGCAGAUCUCCCCGUCUCCGAACCUUCUCAACCCAGCUGCGUUUCUCCAGCUCUCACGCCAUAUUUUUAUGAACGCAGCUCCAUUAUCAGGCAACAACUGGCGCGACAUCUCGCCGUACGAUGAGGCCUCCUCAAGCCCGGCAAUCUUCCACUCGGCUUUCGAUGACCUUCACCAAACUGUCGUCGAUGUAGCCAGGCGACUGGUACAAGCGACGCUGCUUCAAGCUACGUCCCGCAUCCGCGCCAAGGCGAACGGUAACCCUAGUCCCGAAGUGAAGCAAGCAGAUGUUGCAAUCGCAUGUGGUCUUCUGGGUCUCCCGUCGAACUCAAGAAAGUAUUGGGCUUCAGUGGCACGGAGAUCCGGCAUCGACGUGUACACCCGGUCCACAAAAUACAGGAAACGGCACGAUGACGAACACUAUCGAGUCAGACUGACAUAUGACGAAAUCGAGACCGAAUUGGGCUUUCCUCCCAUCGCUCGCGCCUCCGCGACCAAAACCACUCUCAGCGGAGAGCCCGGCACCUCAGCUUCCGAGGACAGUGAUACUGACUCCAUCGCGAGUCACGGCUCGCAAGCUUUCAGCGAGAGCCUAUCCUCUCACGACACAGAAGAUGCAACCGACAACGACGACGAGCUGGACAAGAUGGACGCCAAGCAGAGCCGCGCAGAAGAAAGGCGUCUUACGCAAAUGCUGAUGCUUAAGUCGAAGAUUGAGCCGUCGUCAGACGAGGAAUCGCUACAGACAUCAAACUCGAAGGCCAAGCGUCGCAAACGGAGACCUUCGAACGGUGUACCUCAGUGGCGGAAGAGGGUGCGAUACGAGGCUGAGUGGGAACGGAAUCCACAGUUGUCCGUCAACGGUGGCCAGCAUGUUCAUGUGCAGGGGAACGAAUCAAAACAUGGGGGCAUGACCGCCCCUGCGCCGUCCGUCCGUCAUUCCCAUGUCCCUACAACGACGUCGGCAGAGACGAGAACCACCAGUGAGAGCAGUGAUGAUGCGGAGCUAUGGGCAAAGUCAAACUAAGAAACGAUGAUGGCAUCUCACGAUA